AAUACAAAAAAGUCAAAAACGUCAGUAUGGAGACAAUUUCAAGAGUUUUGUGCCGAAAGAAAUCACUUAUUAGAACAAGGAACUUCGGUGGAAAAAAUUGCCUUCAUUCUAAAGGAGUGGGCAAGCAACAUGCGCAAGAAGGAUGGAUCCUUUUAUAAAGAAAGUGUGGUGAAAACAAUGUGGAACGUGACAGCAAAACUUGAAAGAAAAAAUAUUGUGAAGAUUUCGGCAAUGGAUCCAUUUAAUGAUGUAAGAUUUAAAUCGGCUAGGGGUGCACGAGAUGCUGCGCGCAAAAUAUUACAAAUGAACCCGGAAAAGAGAAAAGAAAGCUCAUCGGCUUUCACUUACAAAGUGCUGCAAAUUUUGAAGCUUUACGAUGAAAACAAGCCGGGUGGUCUGCAGAAAAAAAUUUUUCAUCCCAUAUCUUAUGAGCUAGCAUUUCGAGGAGGUGAGGCAGCCAACUGUUUGACGGAUUUCUUUCAAGAAGAGAAGUUUAAUGAUAGAACUAGCACAAAUAGAAUAGAAUAUAAUAUAGUGUUUUCAAAAACCUGCCAAGGAGCAACAGACAAUAAAUGGUUAAUCAGAAACACUACUAAUGAAGACAUCUGCCCCGUUAGAUUAUACAAAAAACUUUUGUCAAAACGAGGAUCUAACGUGAAGACGAACCGUCUGUUUCUUACACCGAAUCGAGAAUGGCAAAAUAAUAAUAUAUGGUUCAAGAAUAUCCCAGUUGGCAGAAACGAGAUCGCAAAAUGGACAAAGCUGUCUGUCCAAAAAGCAGGUCUCGAUAGCGUAAAGUUCAAAUUUACAAAUCAUUCUCACCGAGCAACUGCCGUAAACCAUCUAGCCAAAGUUGGGGUGAACGAAAACCAGCUAACGAAAUUAACAGGACAUGGAAAUGUCAGUUCAAUAAAACCUUAUUUACAACUCGAUAAAGAGUUUCACGAGGAAAUAAUAAGAAAAAUGAGAAACAGUGAAAACAACGAGUUUAGUGUUUCUUCAGUUUCAACUUCUGCUUCAAGUAACGUUGUUUCUGACCAACAACAAGCUUCGACUGGUUCAAUCAUUAAUUUCAAUAAUUGCGUUUUUAAUUGUAAAAAUUUCAAUAACUAGGUUCAACAGUUUUCAUGUUACUUUAAUAAGUAAUAGACGUUUAUAAUUACGUCUGCAUUUAUUUUAAAGGACCUGAUAAUUUUGCACAAGUGCAAAUUAUCGAUAAUUUGCACUAAUGCAAAAUUAUCGCCUAAUUGUAUGCUCAUUGGCUGAAACAACAAUUGAAAAUUAGUCGGAAAAUUGUUGCCUGUCAAAUUUGACAGAUGAAUAAAAUUUUCCACGAAACCUCAGUUCAAUGGAGAUACUAGAUGGAUUGAAGAUGAAAAAUCUUAAGCUCUGAAUUAUGAACCGAUACAACAUGACAUCACAAUUGAAGUAGUGAAAUUGACUAUCAAGAAACUACACAACUGGAAAACACCUGGAGCUGGUGGUUUACAGAACUUCUGGAUAAAGAAACUUUGGAUCAUAAAUGAAAAAUUCAACCAAUGUGAACGAUGUCAUAAAAAAUCCUGAAACAAUGCUGAUAUUUCUUGUCAUUGUCAGGAGAACUAUCCCAAUCUAAUCCUAAUGUCCGCUAAUGCUAAAUGAGAUAUUUCGAAUUCAAAACGAAUGGCGUCGAAAAACCGAGUGUGUCGUAUAUAUGAGCCCAUUCUGAAAGUUUACUUCAUUUCACAACAUUUCAGUCGCACUGUGGGCUUUACGCUUCUAACGUAAAAUAAUUUUGGUUUUUCGAGGUGAUUGAAUACUGCUAAAAUUAUGGAAGUUAGGCAAUUAAUAAAACAUCGGUAAUCUUCGCGAAAAAAGUGAUCCUCAAUUCCCAGCGCCAUAUGAGAUCGACAAAAUUCCAUUACGAUUCACGUUUUCUUCUGAAUAAAGUGUUUGAAAUUCGACGUUCUAAUUUUGUGAAAUAAUAUUCACACGAUAUUUUCGGAUAUUUUGGAUUGUUGAAUUCAUCGAAUUCUGUUGAUUUAUUGGAUUUUGGAUAAUCAGACAGAAUUUCCGUUUCAUACGGGAUGUAACAUUCAAUACGGAAGAACAUUCGAGAAAAGCCGACCAUCAUCUUAGGCUUUUUCAAAAUAUAUACCUUCACGAUUGGAUUUACAUAUUUGGCCGUUUGGUGUAUGCAACUGCAGGAACAACAACAACCACUUUUCAACAUCCCCGAAGACCCAGCGACUUUUAAGAAUUUGAACAACCUUUACCCUUCGUCUGGGGAAUCAUCCCUUGGAAGUGACGUUGAAGCCUCUUCCCGGUAGCACGAUACUCGAUGAGUACAAUUUUAUUUUCAUUCUCUCCAGAUCUCUUUUCAGUUUCCAAAUUUUAAGACCCUUAUAAUUGAUAUAAUCAAUGGACUGUGUAAAUGUAUUAGUGAGAUCUAUCAUAUAUGCCUAUUUAAGAAGAAAUUAUCGAAUAACUAUUACAUCGAAACUAUAUUAGUUGAUAAUUUUCACUUAUUGUACGAUUUAACCUGUAAAUGAAAGCCGGCCUUCA